AACACGGUAACCCUAUACUCCAAUCGCCCAACACACUGAACAUACCCCAUAACAUUGAAUUUGACAAUUCAUAUCUGUGAAAAACUGAACGUAAACCAACAAACAGAGAAAAAACAGAAAGGAAGAAAAAAUACUAGAAAAUCUGGGAAAAUACAUAAAAAAAUUGCAAAUAUCCUUAAAAUAACAAAACGAAAAGCCCAAAAACGUGUAACAAAAGUGCAAUAUCCACAAAAAACAACAACUAAAACAAUUCAUUUACUAAACGCAAUAAAAAGUUAACAGCUGGUGGAAAAAUAAAAGAAAAAACAGAAAAUCAAGAAUGGAUGUCAUUAAUAAAUUCUAUUCAACAGUACACACCACUGUUUCACAAUUAUCAGGUGUCCUGCCAGGAAACAACGUUACCCGAGAAUAUGAAGUGCUCGAUCAGGUUUGCACGGCUGGGGUGGGUCUGCUGUGGAAAGUCUACAACGGAUACAAGAAAUCAACGAAACAGGAAGUGUCGGUGUUUGUGUUCGAAAAGAAAGCUUUAGACCGAUGGUCCAAGGAGGAUCGCGAAGCAAUUCUAGAAACAUUACGCAGAGGUGUACAACAAUUGACAAAGAUACGCCAUCCCCAUGUCUUGACGGUGCAACAUCCUUUGGAGGAGAGUCGUGACUCAUUGGCCUUUGCCACAGAACCAGUUUUUGCCUCCUUGGCUAAUGUUGUGGGCGAUCAAGUGAGGGCGGAAAAGAAACUUUACGAUGUAGAGAUACGCCAUGGCCUGCUCCAGCUGUUUGAUGGUUUGCAAUUUCUACACAACGAUGCCAAGAUUGUUCAUCGUAAUAUUUGUGCCGAAACAAUUGUGAUUAACAAGAAUCGUAGCUGGAAAUUGUUUGGUUUUGAUUUCUGUGUUGCCAAUCAACCUCAACCGGAUGGUAAGCCCUACUGGCCAUGCAAGGAAUAUUCAACAUCGAUGCAUAUGUUAGCCCAGCCAAGUUUGGAAUACACGGCUCCGGAAAUUGCCUUGAAUAAUAUUAAUUCUACGGAUAGUGAUCUGUUUUCUUUGGGUAUUCUGAUUUUUACCAUUUAUGCUGGAAAACCAUUGAAACUAUUCGGUUCGGACUAUAGUGCAUUUCGAAGGCAUGCCAACGAUUUGAAUCAACGCAAAUAUCCACCCAUGAAUGCUGUACCCAGUGAGCUGACCGAAAGUUUGAAGGCAUUACUGCAUCCCAGUCCUCAUUUGAGGCCCAAGUUGCAUGAUCUUAAAGAGGUAACCUAUUUCCACGACGUUGGCGUUAAGACCCUCAGCUAUUUAGAUUCCCUCUACCAAUGGGAUAAUUUACAAAAAUCCAAAUUCUACAAAGGCCUACCCCAAAUAAUACCCACAUUACCGCAUCGUGUCAAUCUCUAUUCAAUCUUACCAUAUUUGGUCAAGGAAUUUGUCAAUUCACCCAUGAUCCCAUUCGUUUUGCCCAAUGUCUUGCUCAUUGCCGAAAUGAGUAGCCAAAAAGAAUACUGUGACCAUAUCCUACCCCACCUAAAGCCAAUAUUUAAACUCACCGAUCCCAUACAAAUUCUCUUGAUAUUUAUGCAAAAAAUGGAUUUACUUUUAAAAUUAACACCAGCCGAAGAGGUGAAAUUGCAUGUGUUGCCGUUACUCUAUCGUUCGCUGGAAUGUGAUAUGCCACAAAUACAAGAGUUGUGUCUAAAUGUAUUGCCAACAUUUUCCACAUUAAUCGAUUAUAAUGCCAUGAAAAAUUCUGUUAUACCAAGAAUUAAGAAACUGUGUUUAGUCUCGUCAAAUGUGUCGGUGAAAGUGAAUUGCCUAAUAUCGAUUGGUAAGCUAUUGGAAAACUUGGAUAAGUGGUUGGUGUUGGAUGAAAUCCUACCAUUUUUACAACAAAUACAAAGUCGUGAACCGGCAAUUAUUAUGGCCAUUAUUGGUAUCUACAAAAUAGCCAUGACCAAUACCAAAUUGGGCAUAACCAAGGAUGUCAUGGCCCACAAAUGCAUACCAUUUUUAAUACCAUUGAGUGUUGAAAAUGGCCUAACCAUUGCUCAAUUUAAUACAAUCGUUGCCUUGAUCAAGGAAAUGUUUGCUCGUGUCGAAAAAGAACAAAGGGAGAAAUUGGAACAAUUAUCAACAAUACAAAGAGAUAAUAAACCCAAAGAUGCUGCUGAAAUUUUGGCUACUGAAUUGGAGAAAGGUUCAUCGGGCAAAGUCACAUCGCCAUCGAAUGACGAUGAUAUGUUUUCGGGAUUUUCAAUCAGUCAGCCACCAGCAAAUAAGCCAAUAAGCAAUUCUACUUCAGCAAUAACAACCAAUCAACAAAACAACAAACCAAGAGAGCAGUUAAAGAUCUCCCACAACAAUUCGGCCAAACCGGAUAUAUUAUCAUCUCUAAUGAAUUCCAAUCUCAGUAAUAUUGGUGGCAACAAUGCAUUGGCCAAACCACCAAGCAAUGCUUUGGUUUCCGCAAAUCCCUAUAGUCCAACUGGUAAUAGCAACAAUAGCAGUGACUGGCAACAAAAUUCAUGGCACAGUGCCAAUCCGUUGGUAAUGAAUCAUCAAUUACCACCCCCUUCAACAGCGAACAUGAGUACAACGGCUUCAACCACACCCAAUAACAAUUUCUCUUCAUUGGAUGAUUUAGAUCCAUUUGGGGGUAAUAAACAAUCACAACAAAAACAACCCAUGUCUAGCUCAACAACAGCCAAUUCAUUUACACUGCAAAAACCAACGGUCGAUUAUAUUUAUCCACCCGGUUAUAAUGCAAUGAAAACAAAUUCCACAACACCUUUAAUGGGUCUCAACAAUUCCAUGAAUAUGAAUGCCAUGGCCAUGAAUUCGGCAUCGAUGUCAACGCAGCCAUUGAUGCCACAAUCAACAAUGAAUUCUGGAAAUCAAUCACAGGAUAGUCGAAAUCUAAAUACCCUGAGUCAGCAGGAUAUUUUGAGUUUUUUGAACUAAACGGAAAAGGCCAACUCUUUGCAAGGAGAAAACUAAAUGCCUCCUCGAAGAAAAAUAAAA